AUGCCUGAACAGACCGGAAAGGUGCUUUUGGCCUACUCUGGUGGACUCGACACGUCCACCAUCCUUGCAUGGCUCAUCGACGAGGGCUACGACGUCAUCGCCUUCAUGGCCGACGUCGGUCAGGAGGAGGACUUUGAGGCUGCCCGCUCCAAGGCGCUCAAGUGCGGUGCCAAGGACUUUAUCCUUGCCGACCUCAGGCGCGAAUUCAUCGAGGAGCUCAUCUUCCCCGCCGUUCAGGCCAACGCCAUCUACGAGGAUGUCUACCUCCUGGGCACUUCGCUCGCUCGUCCCGUCAUCGCCCGUGGCAUGAUCGAGGCUGCCGAGAAGACGGGCUGCCAGUACGUGUCGCACGGCUGCACCGGUAAGGGCAACGACCAGGUGCGUUUCGAGCUCGCCUUCUACGGCCUCAAGCCCGACAUCAAGGUGAUCGCGCCAUGGCGAAUUCCCGAGUUCUUCAACCGCUUCGCCGGUCGAUCUGCGCUGCUCGAGUACGCCGAGUCCAAGGGCAUCCCCGUCACCCAGACCAAGGCCAAGCCCUGGUCCACCGACGAAAACCUCUUCCACAUCUCGUACGAGGCCGGUAUUCUCGAGGACCCCAACACCACCCCGCCUGCCGACAUGUGGAAGCUCACCAAGAGCCCCGAGUCGGCUCCCGACACGCCCGAGCGCAUUGUGAUCGAGUUCAAGCAGGGUCUGCCCUCCAAGGUCAAGGUGCUCUCCACGGGCAAGGAGCACACCGACCCCGUCGACGUCUUCCUCACGCUCAACGCGCUCGCCCGUGCCAAUGGUAUUGGUCGUAUCGACAUUGUCGAGAACCGCUUCAUCGGUGUCAAGUCGCGUGGAUGCUACGAGUCGCCCGGUGCCACCAUCCUGCGUGCUGCCCACUUGGACUUGGAGGGUCUCACGCUCGACCGCGAGGUGCGCCGCAUCCGUGACCAGGUCAUCACGCAGAAGUUCUCGGAGCAGCUCUACUAUGGCUUCUUCUUCUCGCCCGAGUGCGAGUUUGUGCGCUCGUGCAUCCCGCAAUCGCAGAAGACGGUCAACGGCCAGGUCAAGGUGGCGCUGUACAAGGGCAAUGUCAUCAUCGAGGGUCGUAGCUCCGAGGAGCUGCUGUAUGACGAGAAGUUCACCUCGAUGGAUGAGCAGGGUGGUUUCGACUCGGCGGCCACCAGCGGCUUCAUCACCGUGCAGGCCAUCCGUCUGCGCCGAUACGGUCUCGGACUCAGCGAGAAGGGCCAGGGCGGUUCGGAUCGCGAGACCGCCUACGCUAUCCGAAAGUGA